UCCGUAACAAGGGUCUUUAUCGCUUUUCUAAAUUUCUUGGGGAAAAUCCUCUAUUAUUUCAUUGACGUUUUGUGUCUUUGAGGGCGAACAAGAGCGAAGUUCUCGGUGUCCUUUGAACUCAUUCCUGGAAUGACUCAAGGAAGGCGAGGAGUCAAAAAAUCUGGGCAGGGUAACCAGUUUGGUAGGUUCUGGAAGUCUGGCCAAACGUCGUAAGGGAAAGGACAUCAUCUCCAACCUGCCUCCAAUUCUAACAGUUGGUUGAAGGCUUUUGCUCCAUCUCAGACAUGGCGGUUCCCUGCGUCUUCCUUCUAACUGUGCUGGGAGCAGAAGUCACCAGCAAAUCCACUGACAGCUUGGAAUCGGAUGCAGAAUGCUGCGUCGAUACGAUGGAAGCCAAUAGCACCUGUCUCGCCAACAGCCAGUGCACUCCAGGCUGCUACAGGCGGUGGAACGAAGACGGCAGCAGCGCCUGUGUGAAAUGUGAGAACGAGACCCUCCCGGCGGCUCCGGCGUACAACCUGACAGACUGUCAAAACAAUGCAGCUGGGGAAUUGAACCCUCUAAUCAACCUAACUACCCUAACUCCAGAGACUUUCGGUAUAGGAGGUCCCGAAGUCGCGGCUUCCCUAAUUUUUGGCACUUUCUUGAUCAGCCUCUUCCUCAUCCUCUGUGUUGCAUCCUUCUUCUACCUCAAACGUGCCAAUAAACUCCCCAAUCUCUUCUAUCGAAGAAACAAAGGGUCCAUUGUACAGUCUGCUGAAUCAGCAUCCAUGUUAUCUCCACCUUCUUCAAUCCGGAAACCUCGUUAUGUCCGACGGGAUCGUUCGCUCGCCACCUCUACCACCAGCACGACUUUGUCCACCGAGACCCGGGUCAGCAAUGUGUAGCCAUCGGGACUUGUAAAUACUAGGCCAGCCAUUGAGUCGCUGGGAAAUCACCUAAGAAGAGAAUCGGCGACGGGGGGCCAGAUGGCUUCCGAGCAACGAGUGGACUCGUUCCAAUUGGCAGGAAACGGGGACGUUAGGUUACCUUUGGGAGAGAGACGUUUCUGGCGACCCGGAUGGGACGCCAAUUUUAGCUUUCCUGGUUGCCAAGCAGCUUCGAGAAGUCUCUUUGCUCUGGACCCUGUGAUUUCUGCGGUUGGGAUCGAGGCCUCCUAGCCGACGAGGAACCAACUGCCUUGAGGAAAUGGCCAUGCUUCAAGGGAAACUCAAGUGCCAUAUUUUUUGUGUGUGUUUUUUUUGGAAACAAAAUGGCACCGAAAAUG